AUUUUUCUAAAAGGACACAGGUUAACGAAAUUGAUUUAAAAAAUAUUUCUACUAUCAUAGAUUCAAUGUCGCGUGGAAUAAUUUUUUCUUAUUUUGGUAGUUAACUACUAAAACUAGAACCGAAUUGCCAUGCAAAGCAAAGUGUGCGAGAACCACAACUACCACUCCCAAGUUCCUCAUCUUCUUAAACAUUCUUUUGGAUUUUACGUUUGAUACUCUGUUUCUCAGCUCGAUAAACCAGAGAAGACAACGAUCUAUAUCUCUAUUCCUCUCGAUUCUCCGUUGUUUUGAUUCCGUAAGUCAUUUAUCAUCAUCACGAAACCAUCUCUCAAAUUGAAAACACGAUUUCAAUGUUUUUCGUAAUUUGAUUUCUAUUCUUCUCGAUGUUUGAGUGCAUAGAUAGAAGAUAUUGUUUUGGUUGUGUUGGUAUCAGAUUGAAAGCGACGAUGACGAUGAGACUUCUGGAUCUGUUCAUAACCUCAUCGAUACCAGUUGCGAAGAUUCUGUUGAUAACAGGAAUCGGAUUUUACUUGGCUCUAGAUCAAGUUAACAUUCUGAAUCAAGACGCUAGAAAACAACUCAACAAUAUAGUUUUCUAUGUGUUUAGUCCUUCUCUUGUCGCAAGCAGUUUAUCUGAGACUAUUACAUACGAAAGCAUGGUGAAAAUGUGGUUCAUGCCACUCAAUGUUUUGCUAACAUUCAUCAUUGGUUCAUUUCUUGGUUGGAUUGUUAUCAAAAUCACUAAACCUCCUUCGCAUCUCCGUGGCAUCAUCGUUGGUUGUUGUGCUGCUGGGAAUUUGGGGAAUAUGCCACUCAUUAUCAUCCCAGCUAUAUGUAAUGAAAAGGGAAGUCCUUUUGGAGAUCCUGAGUCUUGUGAGAAAUAUGGACUUGGUUAUAUUGCACUCUCUAUGGCGAUUGGAGCCAUUUACAUAUGGACGUACGUAUACAAUCUUAUGCGGAUGCUAGCUAAUCCUGGUGGAGAAACCGCGAUAAACAGUACCUCAUCUACAAUGCCACUGAUUUCUCCCAAAGUCGAAGUUGGGGAGCAGGUUGGGACUUGGAGCAAGGUCAAGCAAAGAGUGUCCUCGGUAGCAGAGAAAAUCAAUCUACGAACAAUAUUUGCUCCUUCAACCAUUGCAGCGCUUAUCGCGCUUGCGGUUGGGUUAAAUCCUUUACUACGGAAGCUACUAGUCGGUAACACAGCUCCACUUCGAGUGAUUGAGGACUCUGUAUCUCUAUUGGGGGAUGGGGCGAUUCCUGUUCUGACUCUGAUUGUAGGAGGAAACCUUCUCAAUGGUCUGAGAGGUUCAGGAAUGAACAAGUCAGUCAUAAUGGGUGUGGUGGUUGUGCGUUACCUGUUGCUGCCAAUAUUAGGCGUUUUCAUAGUACGAGGAGCGCAUUACUUGGGUUUGGUUACAUCCGAACCGCUUUACCAGUUUGUUCUUCUGCUUCAGUAUGUCGUUCCCCCAGCAAUGAAUCUUGGUACAAUCACUCAACUAUUCGGAUCAGGAGAAAGUGAAUGCUCUGUGAUUCUCUUCUGGAGUUAUGUCUUGGCUUCAGUUUCUCUCACUGUCUGGCCAACAUUCUUCAUGUGGCUCGUAGCCUGAACACUCACACACACAUAC